AUGAGCCAAGCUAAAGCAAUUUCAACAAGUCAGAAAUUCGUAGCUUUGAAUCUGCCCGCAGAUCUGUACUCGACAGUUCGGAGCGCCCUGCAGUUAUGGCGGAAUUUCGAGACGACAGAGGCGCGUCUGGAACCCAAGCGACAGAAGGCUUUCUGGGAAGAGCAAAAGCUAUACGUCGUUAUCCUGCGGAGCGAACGAAGACUGGAUGAUUUUGAAGAAAGAAUCGGCGGUAGAGAAGCUGAAGUCUCCGCAGAGGACAGUCGCGAGAGGGAAAACCUCGAAGCUGUCGCCAUCCAAAACAGGAAAGACCGGGCUGCUCUCAAAACAGAGAUCGCGCGCCUGGAGCAUCUCAUUCAACAAGCCCGCAUUGCGUGGGAGAAAGCCCAGGUUGAUGUCAACGCAGCUCUUGAAGACUUCUUCCUCAGCCCUGAGUUCUUAGCGGCACGAUCUCCUGAAGAAAUAGCGAUAGCAGACACUCAUGAAGGUUACCAGCCCGUUCGCCGCCAAACAUCAGAGGGGGUGUCCAGAGAAUCUCAGACUGCCAAAAUUCCCUUGGGGCAAGCGACUGAGAACCUGAGUGAGAAGCGGCGGAAACUUUGGCUUGCCGAGAAACGACUUCAAGACCAUAAGGAGAUUUACGAGCGGGACCUCAGGGACUGCGUCAAAGCUCCCGACGAUCGCCCAGUCGACGAUCUGAAGACGGGGUUUGAUCUCUCCUAUCUCGCCAGAGGGGGGAAACUGGCCAGGGAGCUCCAAGAAGCAGAAGCCGAGUUGCAAAGUGCUAAGAAAGACGCCAAGGCUGUUGGAGUCUGGGUUCCCGCCGACCAAGAUUCACAGUUUGGUGAUCAUCCUGAGGAUGGCUAUUCAGAGAAUGACGAGAGAACAUGGGUCAUGGACGUCGAUCGUUCCAAGAUUGAGAGUUGGAUGGAUGUGGACGAGGCUCUACUUUCGCCGGAAUGCCCUGGUACUCCUCCGGAAAUUGAUGAUAUCCUUUUUGACCCGCACAAGCCAGUUGACAGCGUGAGCGCAGCAGCAAAAGGCUCAGAUCGAAGGAGGAUCGACAAGUAUAAUCAGAUCCUUGGGCGGUAUGGGGCACGGUUUUCAGAUUCAUCGUCAACUUCUUCGAUGGGAUCUGGUUCUCGAGGCUAG